AUGGCGAAUAUACUGGAAACAUCAAUCUUCUUCUCUUCGCCUGAUAAAUUAUUUCUGUCAUUACCGCCCAAUAAUUCUCAAACCUUUCUUCUACCUUUCUCUGCUUCCAUCAAUGGAGGAAGAAGAAGACGCAAAAGCUCAAGUAUCAUCUUUGCUUCCGAAACUUGUACUUACAGUAGCUCUACCACAAGUGCUGAAGUGAAAGAAUCUGUUGAGGAUCCUAUGGAGGUUGAGGUUGCUGAAGGCUAUACUAUGGCACAGUUCUGUGACAAGAUCAUUGAUAUUUUCUUGAAUGAGAAACCUAAAGUUAAACAAUGGAAGAAGUACUUGGUUUUAAGAGAUGAGUGGAACAAGUACAGCGUUAACUUCUACAAGCGCUGCAGAGUCCGAGCUGAUUUAGAAACCGAUCCAAUGUUGAAGCAGAAACUGAUUUCUCUGGAGAGUAAAGUAAAAAAGAUAGAUGAGGAAAUGGAGAAGCACAACGACCUCUUGAAGGAGAUUCAAGAAAACCCAACGGACUUAAACGCAAUAGCUGCCAAGAGACGCAGAGACUUCACUGGAGAGUUUUUCCGUUAUGUCGCUUUGUUAUCAGAAACUCUUGACGGCUUAGAAGACAGAGAUGGUGUUGCAAGGCUCUCAGCUCGAUGUUUAUCAGCUGUGAGUGCUUAUGACAAUACAUUGGACACUGUUGAGACUCUAGAUGCUGCUCAAGCUAAGUUUGAUGAUAUCUUAAACUCUUCCUCCGUGGAUGUCGCUUGUGACAAGAUCAGAAGCCUAGCAAAGGCCAAGGAGCUUGAUUCCUCAUUGAUCUUGCUAAUAAACUCUGCUUAUGCUGCUGCUAAAGACUCUCAAACCGUUACAAAUGAGGCCAAAGACGUUAUGUAUCAGCUAUACAAAGCUACAAAGAGCAGUCUUAGAAGCAUCACUCCCAAAGAAAUCAAACUUCUCAAGUACUUGCUCAACAUAACAGACCCUGAAGAACGUUUCUCUGCUCUCGCUACUGCAUUCUCUCCUGGCGAUGACCACCAAGCCAAGGACCCUAAAGCUUUAUACACGACGCCGAAGGAGCUGCACAAGUGGAUAAAGAUAAUGCUUGAUGCUUACCAUCUCAACAAAGAAGAAACUGACAUUAGUGAAGCUAAACAGAUGAGCCAACCAAUCGUUAUCCAGCGGCUUUUCGUCCUCAAGGAGACGAUCGAAGAGGAGUAUCUAGACAAGAAAGCCCUUGUUCCCGACGAAAAUCCGAAGAAGGAAGAAGACGAUACUACUUCUGUUGAAGAUUUUUUGAACUGA